AUGGCUGACGCAAGCAAAACAAACGACCUCAAAUUCAUCAACACUUUCCAGAAGGACUUGGAGAGAAAUGCCGCUUCCGGAAAGAAAACCGGCACGGAAUCUAUGUCGAGCUUCGUUAAGGAUAUUGACACCAUUGGCAAAGCAUCUACUACUACCACCACUACUACCGCUACCGCCACUACCAUCGAAGGCAACAGAACAACACCAAACACAAAUGAGCCUCAGGCUGACGCAAAUCCUACCACCGAAGCUCGACAUGGCCACGAAAUCUGCCCGAACCCCCUCCCCUGGUCACCUUAUCAGCACUUUCAGGGCCCCAUGUGCGGUUGCCGCGACUCGAACUGGUGCCAUGGCGGUACCACGGCUCACGACCAGAACGAAACGAACGCGCAUUAA